GUUAAAGUGUAUGAGCUGAUAAAAAAAAAACUUACCGACAGAUUUCUGGAGCAUUCACUUGAAGAAAACAAAGACCAUGCGUAAUUUCGCCACCUUAACUUUUGUCUGCUUCCUGAUUUCAGUGAAUGUCAUCAAACACGCUGAGGCGCAAAUCUGCAGCCAACUAACGCCUUGUGUGUUCGCCUUAACCACUGCACUAGCAGGAGCUGGCAAAGACAUAAGCAAAUUAUGCAGUGCCUAUAAUACUUACGUGAACUGUUUAAAUAAGGCUGCCUCUGGCUGUAGUGUGGAUAUCAGCGACAUUAUGCAAACCGCCAAAAACUCCUUGUCGCAGUACGGAUGUUCCUCUUCCGGCGGAGAUUCCAUUCCAGACACUAUUUCCAGUUCCACUCCAGGUAGUAGUUCCAGUUCCACUCCAGGUAGUAGUUCCAGUUCCAAUCCAGGCAGUAGUUCCACUCCAGGCGGCAGUUCCAGUUCCGUGGUUCCAUGA